AUGGCAACAUCGACAAAGAUAAUUAGACCUCCCGAACCCUGGGUAUCUAAAUAUAGGCCAAAGACUGUAGAUGACGUAUCACAUCAAGAUGAGGUUGUAAAGGCAUUGAAGAGAUCAUUAGAAACAGGCAAUCUACCUCAUCUAUUGUUCUAUGGACCACCAGGUACAGGAAAGACAUCAACUGUCUUGGCAGUGGCAAUGGACUUGUACGGUCCAGAGUUGUAUAAGGACCGUGUACUUGAGUUGAAUGCUUCGGAUGAACGUGGUAUCGAAGUGGUCAGAACAAAGAUUAAGAGCUUUGCAAGCUUCACAGUCAAUCAGCAGGCGACAGUAAACGGACGACCGGCUGCAUCAUUCAAGCUGAUCAUCCUGGACGAGGCCGACUCAAUGACGCACGACGCUCAGGCCGCACUACGUCGCACCAUCGAGAACACCUCAAAGACCACAAGGUUCUGUCUGCUCUGCAACUACAUCACAAGGAUCAUCGAGCCACUGUCGUCUAGAUGCGCCAAGUUCAGAUUCAGAUCGCUGGACGACACGGCAAUGACUGAGCGACUGACAAUGAUCGCCGACAAGGAGGGCAUGCGACCACUCUCCGAUCCCGUCCUCAAGGCCAUCCAACAAGUGUCCGAUGGUGAUCUUCGAAAGGCCAUCACCUACCUUCAAUCAGUCUAUCGUUUCUACGGCAAGGACAAAGUACUAACGCCAGACACUAUAUUCAACAUUUCAGGAACUGUCCCCAACGAACUGAUCGAUGGACUGUUCAAGACAUGUUUGUCUGGAUCAUAUGAGAAGCUGGAGAAGAAUGUACAGAGGAUCAUUGCGAAUGGAUAUCCAGCGGCACAGAUCCUAUCACAGUUGUUUGAUUAUGUCGUGGCAACACCUGUCGCCACAAACAAGCAAAAGGCGAUGAUAACCAUCAAGAUGGGAUCGGUUGACAGGAACCUAAUCGAUGGCUCGGAAGAGUUCCUUCAACUACUCGACGCAGCCUCCUACAUCAUGAACCAAAUGACAAAUCAAUAA